AUGGCUCACGCAGCCGCAGUGGAUCCGUCCAAACUCGCCUCCAUCGCGACUUUUGUGGAUGGUCCUACGCAGCCACUGCUGAUGAACGCCGCGCCGUCUUCGCCUGAGCGCGACGCUGCCGACAAACCACUUCACGCACGUCCUCGCCAACUUCGCCGCCUGUCACUCCCCGACCCGCGCGCCGGCCUCCGCGAGGCCUUCCGCGUCCUCCGCCCCGGGGGAACCAUGGCGUUCACCGCGUGGAAGGCCGUCGGCUGGUGCCCACACACCGCGCGCGCGCUCGCGCUCAUCCCAGGGGCGCCCGCGCUCCCGCCCUUCGCGGACUUCGUGGGCUCGAUGGUCACCGCGACGGAGUCCGGCGAGGAGGAGAAGGGGAGGUGGACGGACCCGGCGUUCUUCGAGGCGCGCGUGCGCGAGGCCGGGUUCGCGGAGGUGGCGACGGAGCUCAGGGGGAACGUGACGCGGACGCCGGGCGCGGCGGAGCACGCGAAGGCGUAUGCGGAGAUCACGAAGCGGAUGCUGAGCACGGUGUGGGGAGACAGGGUGGACGAAUUCGGGGCGCAGUUUGAGGGGGCGUUGGAGCGCGCGGUCAGGGAGGAGGUCGGUGACGGGGAGGUCGUGUUGAAGUGGGAGGCGUAUUGCGUGAUCGCGAAGAAGGCGUAG